UGUGUGAAAGGAAACUGAAAAUAAAUCAAGGCGGUCAGUGAUUUUAGAGCGGCCGGGCGAGUGAAAACGGUCGCGGGAGUCGCUGAAAACGAGCGGCGUUUGUUUCUGUUGUGCGUCCGUUUGUUAUCGUUUAUCGGGUUAUGCAUUAACGAGCAAUUAAGAUGGUCUAGCUUAAGAGCUCUCUGUAAACAUCCACUGUAUGACGUUUGGAGAAAUAAACAGUCGACACAAUAACUCUUCUGUCAGUGAGACAAAGAAUUUCCACUUGUAUCUUGGAAACUAAGACAUUCUCGGACCAUAUGUUAUUAUGGUAUCUUUAGAAUCCAAUGAAACCAACCCGACCAGAAAAUAUCCAUGAAGACUCGCACUCCUGAUCAAUGGGUUUUCUAAAAAUCCGCGACUAUCUUCAUUCGAGACCGCCAGGCAGAAAAAAGAUGACGCUCUAAGUGCGCCCGCAACUAUGUCAGCGUAAUUCUGGUCCUGAAACCGCUCGAAGAUGUACAACAAUCGAAAAUCGUUCAUCAUCAAAUUGUUGGUGAUCGCCUGCAUCAUUUACCUGUGCAUCCACGUGCUCACGAACAACGCGGGGCCGGUGAUCAGGGAGCUGCAGGAGUCCGGCAGGAAUCUGGCGGCGUUGGACAGCGCCAACCUGGAGCAGACCGCUCUAGCGUCCGAGAACGCCAUCAAAGAGGCUGUGCCCAUCGCGGAACCGACCAAGGAACCGGAAGCCCGGGUUCAAAAAGUGUCGACAACCGUGCAGCCGGAGAAGCCACUCACAGUGUUGGAAAAAGUGAAAGAACUGACUCAGUGCUUGGACAAAACCUUAGUGCCAAAAACCCAACAGCGCGGCGACUAUUGGGUGCUGUACAAUUACGUGACCGCCGAGAAGACGUUCAAAUGCCACGAAAGUAUUACGUACACGACGCACGCGGACUAUUCCUUCAUGGACAACUUAGUGCCAUUAUUGGAGAGGUGGAGAGGGCCCGUCAGCAUCGCGAUGCACGCCCCCGGGACCGAUUUCGCCAACACGUUGGAGUCGAUAGCGUAUCUGAGGGACUGCGCCAGUUCCCUGGUGAGGGAGUACACCACGUUUCACAUCUACUUCAGCACGAAGCACGUACCCAAAGAGGUUCCAAAACCCAACGCUGCCUUCACCGAGCCGUACAACUGCUCGCUGACGCCGCCCUUCUUAAACGUGACCUCGGACAACAUGUACAAGUCCCAAAAGAAGCUGUUAUACCCCGUCAACGUGGGCAGGAAUGUCGCUCGCGAGACGGCCCAGACCCAUUACAUCCUGCCAUCCGAUAUUGAACUCUAUCCUAGUCCAAAUAUAAUCGAAAAGUUCCUAGCGAUGAUAGCGGAGAACAAGGGGCCGCUGCUCAGCAAGAACCCCAAGGUGUUUCCGCUUCACAUAUUCGAAGUGAGUGCCAAUCAGCCGGUUCCGGAGAACAAGACCAUGCUGAAGGAGAUGCUGGUGAACGGCACCGCGUUGCCGUUCCACAAGAAGCUCUGUCCCGGGUGCCACAGCGUGCCCAAAGCCAAGGAGUGGCAGAUGGCCAACGAGUCCAAGGGGUUCCACGUUUUCCAUGUGGGGAAAAGGAACGGGAGGUUCAUCCACUGGGAGCCCAUCUUCAUCGGAACGCAUGCGGAUCCCUUGUAUGAUGAGAGGCUGAGUUGGGAAGGAAAGAGUGAUAAAAUGACUCAGGGAUAUGCUCUGUGUGUGAUGGACUACGACUUUCUCAUAUUAGACAACGCAUUCCUAGUCCACAAACCAGGUAUAAAGGUGUACAAAAAGGAUGCCAGGCGAGCGAUGCUAGCGGCGAAGACCAACCAGCUGAUAAAGAAGAUAAUCUUCCCAGAACUUAAGGUCUUAUAUGGCGUUAAAAAAGGCUGUGCUGUGUAAAAAGUUAGUGGUGUAAAAUUUCCGUAGCCAUAUUCUAAUGUGUAACGAUGAACUGUUUGUGAAGAUAUUCCCCUGAAGGACUUUUAUAUUUUAUAUGAAAAUGUGAUCAUCAUAUUUAUUAAGCACUGUUAGAUUAAACUAAGUGAUCAGAAUUACCUUAUGCUUAUAUAUCCGUUAAGACAUUUUGACUUUAUCUAUUUCCUUUUAUCAUUGUGACUGAUGCCCAAGUCUGAGGUUUGGACGUAACCACAUUUUCUUGUAGCAUUUUAAGCACUAAUUUUUGACGGGUUGUUUUUAAAACGCCUAAAAUAAAUCGUUUUAUGUGAUUAGUUGUGUUGGCGAAAUUAAUUUGAUGUUUAUUUUUUUAUAUACUUAAAAAAAAAUAAAGUGAACCAUGAAAUGCGUUAUAGUUAUGCUAGUCAUAAAAAUUUACUGGACAUAAUGUUUAUGCUUUUUAUUGCAGUAUUAAUGUCUGUAUUAUGCUAUAAUCCUUGUCUUGUAUAAGAUUUUUUUUUUCAGUUAUUGACCUUGUUUCGCUUAUUUUAACUAAUUGUUAAUAAAAAUAACCUGUCGAAUACUUAUCAGGCCUUUAUUUAUUUAUUUAUUUUUACUGUUUCAUAGCCUCUCGCUGAUUUAUCAUCGAACGUAAAUCCGUUUUUUCUUAUAUACUAUACAGUUUAGUAAUAUUAUAGUUACUAGAAUAAAAUACAAAUGGCUGACUUAAACUCAAGCCUGUUUGUGUAUCGUUUGCUCAUUAUCUUAUGAUUUUAUGUAUUAUUUUUUAGUAUAAAUUUUGUACUUAGUACCGUUAGUUGAUUAUUUAUUGUAAUUUUUUUUUUCGUUUUUAUUUCGCUGUAUUACCAUUGAUUGUGCCUUACCAAUCCAAAGUGGUGAUUAAAGUAAUAUAAAAUAAUACUUUUGUACUAUUAUGAAAGUGUAUUCUGCAAAUAUAUAAAUAAAAAUAAA